AUGGCAUGGAGAGCUAGAGAGAAGGCUAUAAAAGAUUUCAGAGCGAAAGCAUACAGCCAGGAUGAGUUCGAUAAAUUGAUGGAGAAGAUUGGGAAUGUUGAUAUUCGGGUUGAAGCGUCAACUGAAUAUGCUUACACAGUGAAUGAUGAACCGAGGCGUUUCAUAAUAGAUUUGAAGAAGAAAACUUGCAGCUGCAGGAUGUUCCAACUGGACGAGAUACCGUGUUCUCAUGCAUGGGCAGUAUUGAAGAAUAAAAAUUUGACUGCUGAUGUAUAUUGUUCGGAUUUAUUCAAGCCGGAAACAGUUGUGAACACAUAUGAUGUGCCAGUUAAUCCUCUUCCCGAUGAGACCGAGUGGAAUGUUCCUAAAAGUAUAUUAGAUGAAUUUGUUAUGCCACCGAUCUAUAAGAGACCCCCUGGGAGGCCAAAAAACAAGAGGGACAAGCCAUUACAGGAGUUGAUGAUUGGUAAACGCAGAAAUUCCUGCGGUAAAUGUGGACGUCUUGGUCAUAAUAGGCGUUCGUGUGAUAAUCCGCCGCUCAAUAAGAAGAAUAAAUAA